AUGUUUGAUCAGGCCACGACUAUGGGCGAUGGGAACCACCGCUGUGGACCCAACCCGCUGUGUCCGGACCGGAUGGAGACAAAGUGCCGCACCGAGAUAGGCAGUCGGUCCCCGGUUCAGAGCUCCACCGACACCCCGGGGACAUCAGCGUCCACCCCGACGUCCUCCAGCGAAGACGGACACGACAAACUUUUGGGAGUGGACCCUGAUUACUGUCGGAGGAUAUUAGUGAGGGACGCCAAAGGCACCAUCCGGGAGAUCGUGCUGCCAAAGGGCCUCGACCUGGACCGGCCCAAGCGCACGCGGACCUCCUUCACGGCCGAGCAGCUGUACCGGCUCGAGCUCGAGUUCCAGCGGUGCCAGUACGUAGUGGGCCGCGAGCGCACCGAGCUCGCGAGGCAGCUGAAUCUCUCCGAAACACAGGUCAAGGUGUGGUUCCAAAACCGCCGGACCAAGCAGAAGAAGGACACCACCAAGGAUUCAGACAAACGCUCCUCCUCCACGAACGAGUCGUUGGCCACCUGCAACAUCCUGCGCCUCCUGGAGCAGGGCCGCCUCCUGUCGGGCCCCGCCCCGCCGCCCAACUCCCUCCUGGGGCCUCCGCCACAUCCAGCACACAACGGCUCCCUGCUGAGCAGCCCGGGCGGAGGCUCCUCCACCUCGCCGGGCAUCAGCAGCAGCACCCCUCCCAGCUCCUUACCAGGGGGGACUUUCGGGCUGUCGCUGCCCUCGCUGGGCGGCACCCCGCCCUCACCGCGGCUGGGCGUGCCCCCGCCGCACUCUCUCUGCUUCUCCAUGCCGCUGCUGGGGGGCGCUCACCACGAACUGACAUCCACCUACGGCUGCGGCUCUUCGGCUUUUGAGCCGUACAUGCGGCUGGACAGGAAGGAGGCAGACCUGGGAGGGAAGAAGACGGUUUCUUAA